AUGCAACCAGAGCCCACUUUGACACAUAAUUGUUUGUCUCCUCCUAAUGGUAUAAGAUCUAGCCAUGUUGCAGUCAAAAUAUUACCUGUCAAUUACGAGUUCUGUGGCGUUGAGGAUCUUAUAAUGCUAAUAGCCGGUUUGAUAUCGGAACUCGUCCAAAUAAAUGACCAGCUUCCUUUACGCGAUGGUGGCCUUACUAGAUUUCAUUCUAGGACACCUCCUCGAAUUUCGGUUAUCGAUUAUCUACAACGACUCACAACGCAUACAACUCUCACACCUCCAUUACUCUUGUCUAUGGUUUACUAUGUGGAUCGCCUAUGCUCGCUUUACCCAGCCUUCGCCAUCACAUCCCUCACAGUUCAUCGUUUCCUGAUUGCUGCUGCAACAGUGGCAGCGAAAGGGCUGUCAGAUGUCUUCCAUGGUCAUGCGACGUAUGCGCGAGUCGGUGGUGUCAAAGUUUUCGAACUUAGCAUGCUUGAGCUUGAACUUUUGUACAGAGUAGACUGGAAGAUAGUACCCAAUCCUGAGGUACUUGUGAAUUAUUACCACGGCUUAGUGGGUCGAGCAGAUGGGUAUAUUUUAGAAGGCGAUGCUCUCUCGGUGGAGGAGGGGAACAUCAUUGAAUCAAGAGAGAGGUGA